UUUAAAUCAAUGUAUUAAGAGAGAUUAGUGUGUUAAUGAUUUUAAUUAGUUAUUAAUUCUGUUUGAUCUUUCUUUGAUGUUAUAAACAUCUAAGUUAAUUGUUUGUUCACUGUAAGCUGUGUUCAACUCAUUAAAGUAAACUGGUAAGACAAUUAAAAUGCAAACUGUAAAACAAUGGGAAGAUUUCCCAAUAAAUACUGACCAGACAACAGACCCAAGCCAAAACACUUUGACUUUGUAGAGAAACACAUUGAGCAGAAUUAUACCAAGCUGACUAGAAGACCUCAUUAUACUAGAGAACAAAAGUACCAUCAAUAAUACACUAGAGAACAAAACAAUUAUAAACAUGGAUGUCAUGACAGCAGCUUCAACUCUACGCAACCAGCUGGUGGCUUUACACAACAGUGACAAAACAGUCUCUCAGUUAGACAGUGGUAUUACCAUUCUAGGUCAGCAGUGCCUGAUGUCAGCUAUAGAAGAUAACAAGUUUCAGCAUCUGUGUCUGCUUCUACGUCUAUCAGUCAGUGAGGGAGUGUGUCACAUGUACAAACAGUAUUCCAACAGGAAGUGGGCUGAGGUACAAUCUACAGCCAAGUCAAUCAAGAUCAGUCUAGAAGCAGAAGAUAAUGAGCAGACUACUCCAGAGAUGACAUCACCAACAGGGGGCAGCACAAGUCCAGACAAGGCUGCUGGAGAGUGGACCAGUGUAUUUUGUGAACAUUCUAGAUAUGAUUGACAGUUGUGUCAGGACAAUGCUGAAAUUCAUUGUUAUGUUAAGAAAUGUUAACUAUUUUUUUUCUUGAUUGAAUGUGCUGUAAAAUGUUUGUGAA